AGUUCAGAGACAUAGAUAGACAUGCGUGAGACAGUGAGGAGCGUUGUGACUAAAACCCUAGAAUUGUGUGAGAAGUCUGAUCCGUUGCGUUGAGAUCAUAGGAUAGGAUAGGAGGAGCGACUGAGCGAGGAGGAAAUGGACGAAGAGUAUGACGUCAUAGUGUUGGGAACGGGUCUGAAAGAAUGCAUCCUCAGCGGUCUUCUCUCCGUCGACGGCCUCAAGGUUCUGCACAUGGAUCGGAACGAUUAUUAUGGUGGAGAGUGUGCAUCACUUAAUCUUGUCCAGCUAUGGAAGAGGUUCAGGGGAGAUGAUAAGCCCCCUGCACAUUUGGGAUCUAGUAGGGAUUAUAACGUGGACAUGGUCCCUAAGUUUAUGAUGGCCAAUGGCACUCUAGUGCGUGUCCUCAUUCACACAGAUGUCACCAAGUAUUUGUACUUCAAAGCUGUGGAUGGUAGUUUUGUCUAUAAUAAAGGAAAGGUUCACAAGGUUCCAGCAACUGACAUGGAGGCCCUUAAAUCUCCACUCAUGGGUCUGUUUGAAAAGCGCCGUGCACGCAAGUUCAUCCUAUAUGUUCAAGAUUAUAGUGAAACUGAUCCUAAAACACAUGAGGGAAUGGACUUAACAAGAGUGACAACUAGAGAUUUGAUCGCAAAAUAUGGUCUCGAUGACAACACUGUUGACUUCAUUGGGCAUGCUUUGGCACUUCAUAGGGAUGAUCGCUACCUGAAUGAGCCUGCUCUAGAUACCGUGAAGAGAAUGAAGCUUUAUGCGGAGUCAUUUGCACGUUUUCAAGGAGGAUCACCAUACAUAUAUCCUCUGUAUGGAUUAGGAGAGCUUCCCCAGGCAUUUGCACGACUUAGUGCAGUUUAUGGUGGGACUUAUAUGUUGAAUAAGCCUGAGUGCAAGGUAGAGUUCAACGAGGAAGGGAAAGUUAUCGGUGUCACAUCUGAAGGGGAAACUGCUAAGUGCAAAAAAGUUGUCUGUGAUCCUUCUUACUUGCCUAACAAGGUUAGGAAGGUUGGUAAGGUUGCAAGAGCUAUUGCCAUCAUGAGCCACCCAAUUCCAAACACCAAUGAGUCUCACUCAGUGCAGGUUAUCCUGCCACAGAAGCAGUUGGGUCGCAGAUCAGAUAUGUAUCUUUUCUGUUGCUCCUACUCUCACAAUGUUGCUCCAAAGGGAAAAUUUAUUGCAUUUGUAUCAACAGAUGCAGAGACUGAUCAUCCCGAGACUGAGCUAAAGCCAGGGAUUGACCUUUUAGGGCCUGUUGACGAGAUUUUUUUUGAGACUUAUGACAGAUAUGAGCCUGUUAAUGAACCCGCUUUGGACAAUUGCUUUAUAUCAACCAGUUAUGAUGCCACAACACACUUUGAGUCCACCGUCUUGGAUGUACUCAACAUGUACACCUUGAUAACAGGGAAGGUUCUUGACCUCAGUGUGGACCUAAGUGCUGCUAGUGCUGCAGAAGAAUGAAUAGCAAAGCUUCAUGUGGUGCUUGUAGUGAUAAUUGUGCUUUGUUCCAAAUACACUGAGCUGCUUAAGUUACCUUACCCGUGGCGAUGGUAAUCCUCAUACUGUGGAGGAUUCUAUGAGUUAUAACUCAUUUUUAGUCAUAGACUUGAUAUGUUAUAUAUAGUCAUUUAAAUGUAGUUCAAGUUUCAAACGUCGUUUCAAAUGAAAACUAUAUGUCUAGAUUUCGGCCAUGCCCUUGUGUUGGUUCAAUGUAUUUUCAGGUUGCAAGCAUGCGUGGAAAGCAUGUAAACAAAAUGAUAACUUGUCAGAGAACUAUUUCUUUCAA